UCGGUGAACGCAAAACGGACGCAAACAUUGUGCAACGCGCCAGCUCUUUUCUUCCGGCCCUUUUUGUGUUUCGCUUUCGGUGUAAUUAGAUUAUGACCGUGGGUGGUGGGGACAUAAAUGUCUGUGCUGGUUUCUUUAUGCUUGCUCAAGAUUGAACUCGUCGUAGCCGACGGAAGCAACAGUCACCAUCAGUCGCCUCAGAGUACGAUGCUCGGCCCGACGGAAUCCGACACAUCCGCCUGCGGCGAUGACGCAGCAGCAGCUGCAGGCGGCAGCAUUGCUGGCGACGAGGCAGUUGGCGCAGUAUCGACGGAACACCCGAACAAUCCGCGGUUGCAGCGCGAAAUGAGGGGCCAGCGUAAGCCGAAGAAGAUUACUAUCGAAAGCUACCGGAACCGACUGUUGGAUGGACCUGCAUCGGCCGCCGAUGACUAUCGUGGCAUUCUACCGAAAAGUUCUCGCGAACCGACCCCCAUGGACGGGGUGCUGCCAUCGUCGGCCACCGGAAAGCAGGACUUUCCGGGCGAGAUAAACUUCUUCUCCGGCAACCCGUUCGUCGAGGUUACGAAAGGCAUACUGCAUCUGUUCAAGAGAAACGAACGUGCCAAUAUUACGGAAGGUGGCGUUUCGAAGACGAUCUGCCUCAUAGCCGUACCGUCGUCGCUGAAUUGUCACGACAUUCUCAACUUUAUCGCACCGUGCCACCAGGAAAUCCAGCACGUGCGCAUCCUGCGCGAUGGAUCACCGAACCAGUUCAUGGUGCUGCUCGAGUUCCGGUGCGAUGAAGGAGCGACUGAGUUUUACAAAACUUUCAACGGUGCACCGUACAACAGUCUCGAGCCGGACUCGCUCUGUCACGCCGUUUGGGUGUCGAGCGUCGAGUGGGGUCUCGAUGGGUCCUGUGCCGCGCCACAGGGCCACACCGAGCUUCCCACGUGCCCCGUGUGUCUCGAGCGGAUGGACGAAAGUGUCGACGGUGUCCUAACGAUCCUCUGCAACCAUGCAUUCCACGCCGGGUGUUUGAUUAAGUGGGGCGAUUCGACGUGUCCCGUUUGCCGGUGUAUUCAAACACCGGAACUAUCCGAACCAUCGGUAUGCAUGGAGUGCGAAGGUACAGAAGCGUUGUGGAUUUGUCUUAUCUGUGGCCACAUCGGUUGUGGACGAUACCAGGGAGGUCACGCCGCUUCACACUAUCGUGCCACCAACCACACGUACGCGCUGCAACUCGGCACCAACCGUGUGUGGGAUUACGCCGGCGAUAACUUUGUCCAUCGGUUGCUGCAGAGCAAAUCGGACGGCAAACUGGUGGCAACGCAAUCGCCUGGCGGUGCAGAUGGCGAGGAAAAGAUUGACUCAAUGCAGCUCGAGUUUACCUAUCUGCUGACGUCGCAACUGGACGCGCAGCGUGAUUACUACGAGGAGCGAUUGUCACGACUGGAAGCGUCCCUUGGUGGCGAGCGGCAGAAACUGCAACAGGACAAUGAGCAGGCGAAAAAGAAGUACGUCACGCUCGAGACGAAACUGCAAGCGUUGACGAAGGAGAAGAAUUGUUUGGAGAAAAAAAUUACACAAAUGACUACCAAAAUGAACACCGUGGCAAAGGAGCUGGCGGAGGAGAAACAGUUCGGCAAAACGCUGCAAUCGAACCAAACGUCGUGGCAAACCAAGUUCAGUGAGCUGGAGAAAAAGUGCACCGAAAAGGAGCAGGAAAUAGUCGAUCUGAAGGAACAGGUGCGCGAUCUGAUGUUCUACAUGGAGGCCCAAAACACGAUCGCCGGUUCCGAGCUGAAGCACGAGCUCGUCGACGGUACGGUCAUUCUGCCCGACGACGACAGUGCCUCACUGCUGGCCGCGGCUGCCGGCAGUUCCGGUGCCACUGGUGGGAGCGGGGCCAACAAAGCGUCCGCUAGGCGCCGUCAGCGUAAAAAGUAAAGAUCUCUCAAAGCUACUCGCCCCCGUGUGGCUCCGAUCUGCGCGCACAGUUUCAAUCUUUCGAGCACACAAUUGUUUUUUAAACGAUAAACAUGUUUGUUUCGCCAAUUGUGAUACCCUUCGUAGUCGUUCCGUGCUUUAUUUUUGUCUUGCCAAUUUUACCGAUAAAUACAUAGCAGUUCGAUCCGA